AAGAGGAGGAGGAGAGGCAGUGGGAAACCCAGCCCACCCUUUGGCUUCCUCCUGCCUGCCUCUAAAACCUGCAGAUUCCUCCAGCCCGUCCAAGUGCCUGAAGUUUCCUCAGCCCUGCUGCCGGGACUGCGAGGACUUGCUGAAAGAUGAGGGCCUGGAUUUUUUUCCUUCUCUGCCUGGCAGGCAAAGCCCUGGCAGCUCCGCAGGAGGCUCUGCCUGAUGAGACAGAAGUCAUUGAAGAUCCCACAACAGAGGAGCCUGUGGGGGCUAACCCUGUCCAGGUGGAGGUAGGAGAGUUCGAGGAACCUGCAGAGGAUGCAGAGGAGAUUGUUGCAGAGAAUCCCUGCCAGAACCACCACUGCAAACACGGCAAGGUGUGUGAGGUGGAUGACAACAACUCACCCAUGUGUGUGUGCCAGGACCCCUCCAGCUGCCCAGCCACCGCCGGCGUCUUUGAGAAGGUCUGUGGCACUGAUAACAAGACCUACGACUCCUCCUGCCAUUUCUUUGCCACCAAGUGCACCUUGGAGGGAACCAAGAAGGGACACAAGCUGCACCUGGACUACAUUGGGCCUUGCAAAUUCAUCCCUGCCUGCCUGGACACAGAACUGACCGAGUUCCCCCUGCGCAUGCGGGACUGGCUGAAGAAUGUGCUGAUCACCCUGUACGAGCGUGACGAGGACAACAACCUGCUGACCGAGAAGCAGAAGCUCAAGGUGAAGAAGAUCCAUGAGAACGAGAAGCGCCUGGAGGCUGGUGACCACACCGUGGAGCUGCUGGCCCGUGACUUUGAGAAGAACUACAACAUGUACAUCUUCCCCGUCCACUGGCAGUUUGGGCAGCUGGACCAGCACCCCAUUGAUGGGUACCUGUCCCACACCGAGCUGGCCCCGCUCCGUGCCCCUCUCAUCCCCAUGGAGCACUGCACCACUCGUUUCUUCGAGGCUUGUGACCUGGACAACGACAAGUACAUCGCCCUGGAGGAGUGGGCCAGCUGCUUCGGCAUUAAAGAACAGGACAUAGACAAGGAUCUGGUCAUCUAAACCCUCAGCUUCCUUCUCUGCUGCCAACCUUGUCUUGUUUCACCCUUUCCACUUCCUUUGGGUUUUAAGCCGCUUUUGUCUGGUUUGUUUUGUUUUUUUCCCCUGGGAACAAGGUGCUAAUAUAGACAUAAACCUAUGUAGCAACGGUGCUAAGAGAAGUAACAGUCCUCCUUCAUAGCCUGACCUAUUACCACUAGAUUACUCACUCAGCUGUUUCCACACAGCCUCACCAGCCCCCUUCUCUCUCCACCUGCCUUCACCAUUGGCUGACCCUGUUCCUGUCCUUAAUAUCAGCUCUCAGCAUCCGCUCUCGGAUCUUCUCUUAUCUUCUGACUAACAGCACGUUCUGGGACAUAGCAGCGCAGACGCAAAGCCCUCUCUCAGCUGAUCCAACCCACAGACCGCCGGCGAGGAGGGACGGCGGAGCCAGAAGGGUGUAGGAGGAUUGGGCUACCCGAGCAGGGCAGCUGGGAGCGAGGCUGCGCUCACCCAGCUUGCGGUAGCGGGGACACAGGAAGCCGAGAAAGACACAGACUGGCAGGGUUUCGUUUGCCUUCGUUUUCAUUCCCAGGGCUCGAAUUCAACAACUAUUGGGUACCAAAACCAACAGAUGAAUAAAUUAACUAACUAACAAAAGAACUGCAAAAGGGUUCGUCAAGAGAACAGAUAGGGAAGUGCACAAAGAUUGACGCAAGUAAACCGAACUGCAUCUUAUCUUGUAACCCUCCCCCCCCCAGAAUAAAGGUUUGGAAGUGCUAUGUGCUUUGCCACGA